AAAGAAAGAAAGAAGAAGAAAGCUUCAAAAACUCGAGCUUUUUAAUGGCUUCUGAACAUCAAUGGCGUUCACACCUCUCCUCCUUCCCCUUCUCACCAAGCUCCUCUCUUCCAUCUCUCCAAACCUUCGCCAUGGACGCCUAUUCUCAUCAACCUCUCUUCCACCCAGGAAGACCUUCUCCCACAUCUUCCAAGAAUGCUCCAGGUCCCAGCGAUCAAACGCCGGAAAACAAGCCCACGCUCAAAUGAUCAUCUCCGGCUUCUCUCCGACCAUCUUCGUAUCCAACUGUUUGAUCCACAUGUACGUGCGUUGCUCCCUUCUCGACCUUGCUCGCAAAGUGUUUGAUGAAAUGCCUCACAGAGAUAUAAUCUCUUGGAAUGCAGUGAUUUCUGGGUACUUGCAAACUGGGUUGAUUAACAUUGCACGCUCACUGUUUGAUUCUAUGCUUGAACGAGAUGUUAUCUCUUGGAACACUGUCAUUGCUGGUUAUUUGCAGAAUGGAGAUGCUUGGGAGUCUAUAAGCUUUUUCUCGGCAAUGAGACAACAAUGCAACAGGAUUCAACCGGAUCGAACAACGUUCGCCGUUGUCCUCAAAGCGUGUUCUUUGUUGGAGGGAUAUGAGAUUGGAGUUCAAAUUCACUGCUUGGUUGUGAAAAUGGGAUUGGAUUUUGAUGUCGUGACAGGUAGCGCUGUUGUUGAUAUGUAUGCUAAGUGCAAGUGCCUUUGUGAUUCACUUCAGUUCUUCAAUGAAAUGCCGGAGAAGAAUUGGGUUACUUGGAGCGCGGCAAUUGCCGGUUGUGUUCAGAAUGAUGAGCAUGUAGAAGGAUUGCGAAUGUUUGUCAGUAUGCAGCGGGAAGGACCGGCGGUGAGCCAGUCGGCUUAUGCUAGUGUUUUGAGAUCAUGUGCAGCAUUGGUGUCUGCAAAAGUUGGGAGGCAGAUCCAUGGGCAUGCUCUGAAGAAUUGUUUCGGUUCUGAUAUUGUGGUGGGGACUGCUAUUCUUGAUAUGUAUGCGAAGAGCGAUAGCUUGGAUGAUGCCCUGAGAGUAUUUCAAACUCUUCCAACUCGUACGUUGCAGGCUUGGAAUGCCAUUAUCGUUGGUUGCGUGCGGAAUAACCAAGGUCUCAAGGCUCUGGAAUUGUUUCGGGUAAUGAAUAGGUUUGGUAUUGGUGUCGAUGAGAUUAGCUUGUCGGGUAUUUUCAGUGCUUGUGCUGAGGCUAGAGAGUACUUGCAAGGUUCACAGGCACAUUGUUUAGCUAUCAAGACUUGUUUGAGUUCAGAUAUCUGUGUGAGCAAUGCUAUUUCGGAUAUGUACGGAAAAUGUGGAGCUUUAACCGAAGCUCGCAUUGUAUUCGAGGAGAUGAACAGGAGAGAUGCCGUCUCUUGGAAUGCUAUCAUUGCAGCACUUGAGCAGAACGAGCAGUGUGAGGAGACAUUGUUUUGUUUCGCUGAGAUGUUGCGGUGCGGUAUGGAGCCUGAUGAGUUCACUUAUGGUAGUGUUCUUAAAGCUUGUGCAAGUCUCGAGUCUUUGGAUUUCGGCGUCAAGGUUCAUGACAAGAUCAUCAAGUGCGGACUUGGUUUUGAAUCAUUCGUUGCCAGUGCUCUUGUUGACAUGUACUGCAAGUGUGGUGCCAUGGAAGAAGCUAUGAAGCUCCACAACCGAAUGGAAAUGCAGACAAUGAUUUCAUGGAAUGCUAUAACAUCAGGAUUUUCACUUCAGAACCAGAGUGAGGAAGCUCAGAAAUUCUUCUUCAAGAUGCUCAAUCUCGGCCUGAAACCUGAUAAUUUCACAUACGCUACAAUUCUCGACGCUUGUGCAAAUCUAGUGACAAUUGAACUUGGGAAGCAAAUCCAUGUUAAGAUAAUCAAAGAUGAAUUACAGAAUGAUGUCUUCAUAUCGAGCAGCCUCGUCGAUAUGUAUGCAAAGUGCGGUAACAUGCAGGAUUCUCUUCUGAUGUUCGAAAAGAUGGCAGUACGAGAUUAUGUUUCGUGGAAUGCCUUGAUUUGCGGCUACUCACUACACGGUUUUGGAGCCGAAGCGAUUUGCAUGUUUGAAAGGAUGCAACAAGAAAAUGUAAGACCUAACCAUGCGACAUUUCUUGCAGUCCUUCGGGCAUGCGGGCACGUAGGUCUGGUUGACGUGGGCGAGCAGUACUUCAAUAUGAUGACUGAUCAUUACAAGUUACAACCACAGCUUGAGCAUUAUUCAUGCAUGGUGGAUUUAAUCGGGCGAACAAGGGGAGUUCAUGAAGCUGUAGAGGUCAUCAGUAAAAUGCCAUUUGAAGCUGAUGAUAUUAUUUGGAGAACUCUUCUCAGUGCAUGCAAGAUUCAAGGUGAUGUUGAAGUUGCAGAAAUAGCGGCAAGGAAUAUACUGAAUUUAGAUCCUGAAGACUCAUCUGCAUAUGUACUUUUAUCAAAUAUAUAUGCGGAGGCAGGGAGAUGGACCGAUGUCUCGAAGCUGAGGAAGAUGAUGAGGCGGAGCAGGUUGAAGAAGGAGCCGGGUUGCAGCUGGAUUGAGGUGAAGAAUGAGAUGCAUGCUUUUCUUGUCGGAGAUAAAGCUCAUCCAAGAAGUGAAAAGAUAUAUGAGUUGUUGGAUGAACUGAUUGGGGAGAUGAAAUGGAUUGGACAUGACCUUGAUGUUGAUCCAAUUUGAAUCAGUAAUGGCUGAAAGCUGAAGCUGCAAAAAAUUUUCUGCUAAACUUUGGCUUCAGAACAAAAUCAAUAGUGAAUCAGUAUCCAAAUGAUCCUUGUUUGUUAAUUUGCAACCGAAAAUCAGAAACCAGCAUGCCGGUUCACAGAGAAGCAAUUUGGAUCGGAAACGAUUUGAGAACUGAAACUGCAAAGUUUUGGUAAAAAGAAAUGGACCGUAUUGGAAUGUUUCAUGCUUGUUAGAAGCGGAAUCAGAAUCGUCCUUGCAGAGAACUAAUUUGGAUCAGAAACUAGGUGGAAAAAAAAAAACCAAUUCUGCUAAACCUCUCAUGAUUUAAAAUCAGAAAAUCAGAAUGUCUGCAGACAGAACCAAUUGGGAUCAGUAAUGGUUUGACAAAUGAAUCUGCAAACAUUUUUUUGCCAAACUUUAGUUUACCUAAAUCUGCUUCGAUACCUUAAUUCAGGCUAUUGUUGAUCAUGAAUCAUUUUGGUUUGUGACCUGGC